AUGACAACUCUCCAUGACCGUAUCUUCGCCUCGGUCUUCCCUCCGCCAAGCGAGGUUGACGUCCCCACUCCUACCGCUACUCCCAUCCUAGGCUCCUCUGGCUUCGGAGAACCUUUCGGUUCGCAGCAUACAACUGCUUCACAAUCUGCCACAGAGACCGGAGCUGCGGAGCAAAUCAAAUGGGACAGGGCAUGGCACACAGCAACCACCUUCCUUUCCCUCCGAGACGAGCCUAUCCACGCGGAACAGGAUGAGGAGACAUUGAAGGGGAGAUGGAUCAGAUAUGCGGGGCCAGAGACCCAGAACGCUCUUGCAUACUUGUUGUCAGAAAGCUCCCGCGGACGCCAACUAAGGAGAGAGUCAAAUACUGAUGACCUGCUACGAUGGUACUUCGAAAAGGUGGUGCUUGAGCACUAUGUCAAGCAUGUGUUACCCGGCUUAAUUCGGAUCCUUAGAAAGAGCCAGGUUCCCAAUGAUUUGUUUGAGGCUGGCCAACAACUGCACAUUGUAAAAUCGAUCUACCUGCACCCAUUGCAGAACCACGUUGCCCAAACACUAUCUAAUGGCGGAAGAACAGAGCUCGCUCGCUUCGAGACAGACCUACACGGCCUCUUCACGCAUACAUUACCUCAAGAUAAAGUAGUCGAGAAUCUGUCCGCCUUCUUUGGACAGCAAUGUUCUCUCAUCUUGAAUGGUGUUGGAAAGAAUGGAAUGCAAGAUGUAGUGUCGUCGGUGCCGGUUGUUCGCCAAAGAACGCUCAAGCUUAUGCAGAUGCUCCAAGGUGUGGGCCUUGGAGGCUAUCAGGCUCAACGUAUCUUCGCCGAAGUGAUGUCUGACAUCCUGACUUCACAUAUCAAGUCUACAUAUGCAGGCGUUUGGACUUCGCCUUCCAAUGUCGUCGAGCACUUGCGAGACUGGGUUGAAAACAGCUUUUCGCGCUUCGUCGUUGAGAUUCUUUCGUCAAUGAAAUCUGACAAUGCCUCAGGCAUCGACGAGCUUAUGGACGUCACCCAUGCUGAUGUUGAAAGGUGGCAGGAAUUGGGUGUGAACAAGCUUGGUGCUCUACGAACAGAUGAGCUCUUCGAUGUUAUAGUGGAAUGGGAAAAUGGUAGUCAGGGCGCCAUUGAGGAUCUCAAACGUUAUGUGACCACUCCGUCAUCCAGAACAUACCUUACUACUAAGUUCUCCAGUGUAGUCUCUUACCGUCUUCUUCAGCCCGGGGCUUCCACUACAGAAAUCCUCCAAGUCUAUAUAUCCAUCAUUCGUGCUUUUACCCUCCUGGACCCGAAAGGUGUUCUUCUGGAUCGCGUAGCUCGGCCCAUCCGUCGCUAUCUACGUGAAAGAGACGACACAGUGACUAUCGUCGUCGGUGGCCUAUUGGCUGACCCCGAAGACGAAUCGAGCGCUGAUGAUGUCCUGCUGGAGUUGGCGAUAGAGAUGAACAAGAGCGCUACUGCGAAAGGCGAAGAUGACGCAGAUGACGCAGAUCUUGACUACGAUGAUAUGAAUUGGAUGCCUGAUCCGGUGGACGCUGGACCGGAGUACAAGAAGUCGAAGAAUUCAGAUGUCAUUGGCUCCUUCAUCAGCCUGUUCGAAUCGAAAGACAUUUUCGUCAAAGAAUUUCAAAACAUACUCGGCGAGCGCUUGCUCAAAAAGGAGUAUGAGUUUGACAGAGAGAUCCGUGUCCUCGAACUGCUCAAGUUGCGCUUCGGCGAGCCUGCUCUUCAAGCAUGCGAAGUCAUGCUUCGAGACAUCCUUGACUCUCGAAGGGUCGAUACCUUUAUCCACAAGGACAAGGAACUCGAUCUGAAUGACGAAUCCGCACCAGAGCUGCAUACAAGAAUCCUUUCCCACCUUUUCUGGCCAUCACUCCACUCCGAAACCUUCUUCAUCCCCCCAGAAGUCGAAUCUCUCCAGUCUCGCUACUCCACUGGCUUCGAAAGCCUCAAACAGUCCCGCAAACUAACCUGGCUCCACGCCCUCGGCCAAGUAACUGUGGCCCUCGACCUCGAAGAUCGCACCGUAAUCGAAGAAGUGCAAACGUGGCAAGCCUCCGUCAUCUAUGCCUUCCAACCCUCACCCUCCGAAGACUCCUCCACCCCCAUCACCCGAACCUUCAACGACCUCGUCGAAACCCUCCAGAUGACCGACUCCCUCCUCCGCAACGCCCUAACAUUCUGGAUCGGCAAAUUAGUGCUCAAACAGACCUCCACCUGCCCACCCACCUACGCAGUCCUCGAGACCCUCUCCGACGAAGACGCCGCCCACCCGGGCACCACGUCCGCCGCCAUCGCCGCAGCAGCCGAAACCGCAACCGCCGCCGCCGCGCCCGCGGUGUUGAGCGAGCACGAGGUGGCCCAGGAGAAAAUGGAGGUGUAUUGGCAGUAUGUGGUCGGCAUGUUGACGAACGGCGGGCCGAUGCCGCUGCAGCAGAUCGUCAUGAUGCUGAAGCUGACGGUGCCGGGGGGGUUUCCGUUUGGGAGUGAGGAGUUGAAGGAUUACCUCGAGGAGGAGGUGAGGGGCGGGAAGUUGGAUUUCGCGGGCGGUGUUUAUAGGAUCAAGCAUUGA